UCGAUGACUACUCGUAGAAGAUUAAAAAUAUAACGCGCAGUGACUAAUUCUUUGCAUUUCCACGAGUAGAAAAACUGCAUUCUGCUCAUGAUUGCGACCUUCUUGGUCUGGCAAUCGUGGAUUUCGCGUAGUUUACAUGAUACACGACCUAACCUUCUGCUAGAUAGAAAAUAUUUUGAAAAUUGCUUCAUUAACACAAAUUGGAUGAGCUUAGCUUUUUUGUGCAUAGUAUGAUUUUAUUUGUUAGUUGUAUCUGAAGUAUAAAAAAUGGCCAAUACUGGUGUCCUUCCUUUUGUCCGUGGAGUGGACUUUAGCAAAAAUGAUUUUGGAGGAGGAAAGUUUCCAGAAUCAGUUCGUUUGAUGACCGGAAUACAAUGGCUAAAGUUAGACAAAACAAAUUUAGCAGAGAUUCCAGAAGAAAUGGGAAAGCUAUUAAAAUUGGAACAUUUGUCAAUCACUAAAAAUCAAUUGGAAAAACUUUAUGGUGAACUAACUGAAUUGAAUUGUUUGAGGACUUUAAAUAUACGCAACAAUAAUAUAAAAACCAGUGGAAUACCAGCUGAACUUUUUCAUUUGGAAGAAUUAACUACUCUUGAUAUCAGUAAAAAUAAUUUGCGUGAAGUUCCAGAAGGUCUUGAAAGAGCUCGUUCAUUGUUAAAUCUCAAUUUGAGCCAUAAUCACAUUGAAGCAAUACCAAACACACUAUUCAUCCAUUUAACUGAUUUACUAUUUCUUGACCUCAGUCACAAUCAAUUAGAAACGUUACCGCCUCAGACGCGUAGAUUGGCUAAUCUACAGACAUUAAAUUUAAGUCACAAUCCUCUUGGUCAUUUUCAGUUAAGGCAAUUACCGUCAUUAAUGAAUUUAACUACUCUAAAUAUGCGCAAUACUCAACGCACACUGAACAACAUUCCUUCUAAUUUAGAAAGUUUAACUAAUUUACAAGAAUUAGAUUUUUCUCAGAAUGAUCUACCAAAGGUUCCAGAUGCUCUUUAUUCUCUUCCAAAUCUUCGCCGUCUUAAUUUGAGUGAUAAUAAAAUCACUGAGCUUUCCACUGCUAUAGAAAUGUGGCAAAAAUUAGAAACCUUGAGUCUUUGUAGAAAUAACUUAACAGCAUUACCUGUUUCUCUUUGCAAAAUGUCAUCUUUAAGAAGACUGUAUUUAAAUGACAAUGAAUUGGAUUUCAAAGGAAUUCCAUCAGGGAUUGGAAAACUUUCAUCCUUGCAGGUUUUCUCUGCAGCAAAAAAUCGCUUAGAAAUGAUUCCUGAAGGUCUUUGCAGAUGCGGUUCAUUGAAACAACUCAUUCUAACUUCUAAUAGACUGAUAACUGUACCAGAUGCAAUACAUUUACUUACUGAUUUAGAAUGUUUAGAUUUAAGAGACAAUCCGAAUUUAGUAAUGCCUCCAAAGCCAACAGAAGUGCAAAGAGGAUCAGGUAUAGAAUUUUAUAACAUCGAUUUUUCUCUACAACAUCAAUUACGUCUUGCGGGUGCAAAUAUUCCAGCGCCAGCACAGACAGCCAACAGUAGCAAAGAUCCUAUUGCUAGAAAAAUGCGGCUGCGUCGAAGACGUGAUCAAGAAGAAGCUGACCAAGAUCAAGCAAAAAUAUUAAAGGGUAUGAAAGAUAUCGCAAAAGAAAAGAAUAAAGAUGGUAGUUUGGAAGAUGAGAAACCAGAGUCCUUGAAACCAAAGAGAUGGGAUGAAACCUUGGAAAAGCCUCCACUUGAUUAUUCCGAAUUCUUUGACGACGAUGCUGGUCGGACGCCAGGGUUAGCAGUUUGGGAAAUUGAGAACUUUCUGCCAAAUCAGAUAGAAGAAGUUGCUCAUGGUAAAUUUUAUGAAGGAGAUUGUUACAUUGUUCUAAAAACUAGUAUUGAUGACAGCGGAUCUUUGGUGUGGGCGAUUUAUUUUUGGAUUGGCGACAAAGCUACACUGGACAAACGAGCAUGCGCAGCUAUCCACGCUGUAAAUUUACGUAAUUUUCUUGGUGCUCAAUGUCGAACAAUAAGGGAAGAACAAGCUGACGAGUCAGAUGAAUUUCUUAUGCUUUUUGAGUCUGGUAUUACAUAUAUAGAAGGUGGUCGUACUUCAUCAGGAUUCUAUACAGUUGAAGACACGCCGAUGAUAACGAGGUUUUAUCGUGUGCACGGUGCCGGAGCUUCGAUACAUUUAGAACCAGUUCCCGUUUGCGCUGAAUCGCUAGAUCCUAACUAUGUAUUUGUUCUCGAUUGCAAUAAAUCAAUUUACAUGUGGUACGGUAAAAAUGCAAAGAAUACGUUGAAAUCAAAAUCGAGAUUGAUGGCUGAGAAAAUCAAUAAAAACGAGAGAAAAAAUAAAAGCGAAAUCAUCACUGAAAUGAUGGGAUCCGAAUCAGAAGAGUUUUGGAAGAGUAUAGGUGCCGAUGGUCCUGUAAAACCAGUGGAACAUGUUGACUCUGAUUUUGUACCUGUUACCCCGAGAUUAUACCAAGUUCGAUUGGGAAUGGGUUAUCUAGAAUUACCUCAAGUUGAGGUACCCCAUGCGAAGCUAGUCAAUAAGCUUCUUAAUAAUCGAAAUGUUUAUAUUUUAGAUUGUUAUUUGGAUGUUUACGUUUGGUUUGGGAAGAAAUCAACUAGAUUAGUGCGAGCGGCUGCAGUAAAGUUAUCUCAGGAAUUAUUUAAUAUGAUUCAGAGACCAGAGUAUGCAUUAGUUACAAGAUUGCAAGAAGGUACAGAAUCACAGAUAUUCAAAAGUAAAUUCACUGGAUGGGAUGAAGUUAUUGCUGUUGAUUUUACGAGAACAGCGGAAUCUGUUGCUAAAACUGGUGCUGAUUUAACGAAAUGGGCCAAACAACAAGAAACGAAGGCUGAUCUUGCUGCCUUAUUUAUGCCUCGUCAACGUCCAAUGUCUUCAUCUGAAGCAGAUCAAUUGAUGAAAGAAUGGAACGAAGAAGAUUUGGAAGCAAUGGAAGCUUUCGUUCUAGAAGGCAAAAAGUUUGUUCGUCUUCCAGAAGAAGAAUUAGGUCACUUUUACAGUGGCGAUUGUUAUGUAUUUUUAUGUAGAUAUUGGAUGCCGUUGGAUGUAAAUGAAAAUGAAGAUGGUGAUGAACAGUGUGAAGACGAUUUUCAAUGUAUGGUUUACUUUUGGCAAGGGCGAGAUGCUGGUAAUAUGGGCUGGCUUACGUUUACUUUCAGUCUUCAGAAAAAAUUCAAAUCACUGUUUGGUGAAAAAUUGGAAGUAGUGAGAACUCAUCAACAACAGGAAACACUGAAAUUUAUGGCUCACUUCGAAAAGAAAUUCAUUAUUCAUCAAGGGAAAAGAAAAGAAGUAAAAUCAAAUGAUGCAAAAAAGGUAAAGUUCUAUCACUUGAGAAGCAAUGGAAGUCCUUUAUGCACAAGAUUGAUUCAAAUUGCGACAGAUGCCAGUCUGUUAAAUUCUGCUUUUUGCUAUAUUUUAAAUGUACCUUUCAAUAAUGACGAUGAGUCAGGAAUAAUAUACGUUUGGAUUGGUUCUAAAUGCGAUCUCGAAGAUGCCAAGCUAAUUGAAGAAAUAGCUAAUGAAAAGUUUAAUAGUCCUUGGAUAAGCAUGCAAAUUCUAAAUGAAGGUGAUGAACCUGAAAACUUUUUCUGGGUGGCUUUAGGUGGCAAAAGACAAUAUGAGACUGAUGCUGAAUUUAUGCAAUAUACUAGAUUAUUUAGAUGUUCAAAUGAAAAAGGUUAUUUCACGAUUAGUGAAAAAUGCACAGAUUUUUGCCAAGAUGACUUGGCUGACGACGACAUUAUGAUUCUUGAUAAUGGAGAACAAGUAUUUCUUUGGCUUGGUACUCGAUGCUCAGAAGUAGAAAUCAAGUUAGCUUUCAAAUCUGCUCAGGUUUAUAUUCAACAUCUAAGGGUUAAGCAGCCCGAACGUCCUCGUAAACUAUAUCUAACGGCCAAAGGAAAAGAGUCACGUCGUUUUACCAAAUGCUUCCAUGGAUGGGGCUUGCACAAAAGACCUCCGGAAUAAGUCUGUUAAGAGCUUUUUCUGUUAACACUCCAUAAUUAAGUUUGUACGUAAUUGAUUUCAGCUCCAAUCAAUUUUUCAUUAUUGAGUUAUUUCAAUUACUCCGACUCUUAUUCUAACUUGAAAUUGAGUAACUUCUCAAGAGGCAUUUAUUUUUAUUUUACAUAUACAAAAAUUUUUUCAAAUUAACUUUUAAUUUUUCUGAAAAUCGUUAGUUGAUUGAAUACAAUAGCAUAUUAUUCUUAAAGUGCGUAUAUUAAAAUGACUGAGUAAUUAAAUUUACUACAAAAUAUUAUUUGAAAGGAAUGAUAAUUAAAAUAUACUCAAUGAUAUCUAUUUGAGCAAAUGAUGAUGGAUCAUUCUUAAUUUUGUAGAAUAUUGAAAAUCGCCAAAUUUGAACAAAAUUAAAACAAUGGAUUAUGUAAUUUAUUAUAAUUCAUUAUAUAAGUUUUGAAAGAUUUGACAUUUUUAGCAAUGUAUAUUUUACGCGACAUUGUUCAUAAAGGUAUUAUUAGAACUAUAGAUUUAUGUGAACUGUAUGUGAUUAAUAAAAACAACUACUUAAUUUCAACUAAAGGAAUACUUCUCAUACAAAAUAUAAUUCAAUGAUAAUUGGGGAAUGUAUACUUUUAUAAAUCAGAGAUAAACGCUGUUAUGUUCAUAAUUAUCAAAAUAAAUUUGAUAAAUGCCGUUGUUGUAAAUAUGUAUAGGGAAAGAGUGACAUGUAUGAUAUGUGAAAAUACUGCUAUAAAAAUAGUUGUGCAAUUGAGUUUAUAAAUUUAUCCAUCAAAUUUUUAUAUUGAAUUAUUUGAAUUUGAAACACUUAUUAAAACUAUAUACAUACAUCUAAAAAUUAUUUUCACGUGUGCUUGAGAACAAAUUAUUGAAAAUACUAAUAUUAUUGUGGUAAAUAUUGUCAGGAUUAAAAAUAAGUGUAAACCAGAGACUAAACAUUUUUUAUAUUGUACUAUUGUACAAGCCUUAUUUAUUUGUAACAUUUAUUUAAUUUUAAAACCAUAAAUAUUUAUACAUUUUAAUGAGCAUUGUAAUUAUACUUUGAAUGGUAUUAUUAACUGUACCUAUAAAUAAAUAAAUUGUACAAUUUGAGAUUGCAGCAUUUAUUAACAUCAAUAGAUAUGACAAAAAGGUCGUAAAGCUCAAGAGAUACCUAACACAGCAUCUAUAAUCAACAUCCUAUAAUUUUAGAGCAGAUAAUUGAUGAUC